AUGCUGGGUGGGCUCCUGCUCCGGCUGCUCCUCACCACGGCGCUGUGCCCUGGCCUCGUCGGGACAGUCUUGGUGCAGAACCUGCACCUCUGCGAGGGCUAUGUGGGCCCCGACGGCCGCUACCACCCCGGCUUCUACUGCCCGCGGCUGACCGACCCAGCUGGCCACCGCUACUGCUGCCGCCCCAGCCCGCAUGCCCUCAAGUCCUGCUGCUCCCAGCUGGCCCUGGAGGCCCUCACCGGCGUGAACCUGUCCAGCCUGGCUGGCCCGGGCCUCCUCCGGAACCCGCUGGCCCUGCCCUUCGUGGGGCUCUAUGGGCUCCUCGUCCUCCUCCUCAUGGCCGUCGACCUCUUCCACUUCUACCGGACCCAGCGCUGCCGCCUCAGCCACCUCCUGCCCCGUGUCCGCUGCCCACCCUCUGGCCCCCCGGGGGGACACCAGCCCCGCUCCCGGCCGCCCCGCAGCUCCCGUGCCCCCCGGGGGCUCCUGCCGCCCUGCCGCACCCCCGGCCCGAUGCCCCCGGGCCGGCUGUGCUGA